AUGCAUACUGUAAACAUAAGUCAAAAACAAACAUNUAUGCAUACUGUAAACAUAGGUCAAAAACAAACAUUAUUAGCAACAGCGAUAGUGAGAGUUAUGAACACCACGGGAAAUUAUAUAGAUGGACGUGCAUUAGUUGAUAGUGGAUCUCAGAGCAAUUUUAUGAUUACAAAUUUAGUAAACAAGUUGGGUUUAAAAAGGGAAAAGGUAAAUGUACCUAUCAGUGGUAUAAGUGAGUCAAGAAAUAGCAUCAAAUAUAAAGUGACGGCUUCUAUAUGCUCAAAAACCGGUCCAUACGCAACAACAAUUGAUUUUUACGUACUACCAAAAAUAACUGGUUUACUACCAAAUAUGUCAAUGUAUAACAUUAAUAUCCCAGAAAAUAUUAUCAUUGCCGAUCCAACAUUUAAUGAGCCGGGAACCGUCGAUGUAUUAAUUGGAGCUGGUACGUACUGGGACUUAAUGUGUGUUGGUAAAUUUAAAGCACAUCAAAACGGACCGUACUUGCAAAAAACUUGUUUAGGAUGGGUAGUUGUCGGGGAAGUCGCAGAUAAGUGUGAGAACAAUAAAGUUACCUGUAUGUUGGUUAUGGAAAAUAAAGAAAGAUUAUUGGAAAACAAAAUUGAAGCUUUUUGGGAGAUUGAAGAACUUGACACAAAGCAAUAUUUCCCCACAGAAGAAGAAACAUUGUGUACAGAGCAUUUUAAUAAAAAUACUACGCGUAAUAAUAACGGUAGGUUCAUUGUAAGAUUACCGUUUAAAGAUAAUGGUCAAUUAGGUUAUUCAUACUACUCCGCUUUACGGCAAUUUUUAUCAUUGGAAAAUAGAUUAAUUAAAGAUAGUAGCUUAUAUGAUAAGUAA